CCGAAGGCUUCUGCCACCUGCCAGGGCCUCUCUGGAACAGUCAUGCGGUGCCUCGUCCUGCUCCUUUGCCUUGCUCAGCUCUGGGGCUGCCAAUCAGUCCCUUUAGUUGAAGUGGGGACUUAUAGGCAGCUGAACUGUGAUGACCCUGAAACAGAGCAAGUAGCCGGGGUGGCCCUGAAAUACAUCAAUGCCAAACUUCUUCAGGGCUACAAGCACAUCUUGAACCAGAUCGAUAAAGUGAAGGUGUGGCCUCGGGGGCCCAAUGGAGAGGUGUUUGUGCUUGAAAUAGACACCUUGGAAACUACCUGCCACGCCCUGGACCCCACCCCUGUGGAAAACUGCACUGUGCGGCAGGUGGCACAGCAUGCUGUGGAAGGAGACUGUGAUUUCCACAUACUGAAACAGGAUGGCCAGUUUACAGUGUUGUCUGCAAAAUGUGAUUCCAGUCCAGACUCAGCUGAGGAUGUGCGGAAGGUGUGUCCAGAAUGUCCCCUGCUGGCCCCACGGAACAACACCAGCGUGGUGGAAGCCGUAAACAAGGCGCUGGCCGCCUUCAAUGCUCAGAGCAAUGGCUCCUAUUAUCAGCUUGUGGAAACUUCCCGGGCUCAAAUUGUGCCUGUUCCACCUUACACCUAUGUGGAGUUUGUAGUGGCUGCCACGGACUGUGUUGCUAAAGAGGUGAUAGACCCAGCCAUGUGCAACUUGUUGGCUGAAAAGCAAUAUGGCUUCUGUAAGGGGUCGCACAUUCAGCGGCUCGGAGGGGAAAGCGUAGAGGUUGCCUGCACCAUGUUCCAGCCACAGCCCCUGCCAGGCGACCCCAAAAUGGGGGUGCCCACCUCUGCAGCAGAUGCGGCUGCACCUGCACCUUCUCCUGCUAAUCCAGCUCCAGCGGCCAUGGUGGUGGGAUCCAAAGUGGUGGCAGCUCCCGGGGCACUGUCACCAUCCCAGACACACUAUAACCUGCGCGAGUCCUUCUCAAUGGAGUCAGGAGAAUCGUUUACUAUGAUGAAACAACAUAAGCCGGCCAAGCCAGGCAACGCUGCUGGCCCACUGGUUCGCCCAUGCCCGGGGAGAAUCAGACACUUUAAGGUCUAGAUGAAGGUCAGGGAUGAGAAGUUUUGGUGCAGAGAGCAUAGCCACCAUGAUGCCCAAGAAUCUGGGGAGGGGUGGAGAGCUUGUCUACUAACAAAGCAAGUGCUCCAUGUGGUCUAGACAAACCAAGUUUUGAACCCCAACUUCUCUCCAUACCUGAGGACAGAAACAGAGGGGGUGAUGGUUAUGUUUGAUAGAAGGCAUAAGACUGGCCAUUUUGUUGUCAUUGUUUGGCUGCUAAGCCAUCGCCACUGGGUUCUCUGCCUUCUGGUUGAUAUUCCAAAAACAGUUAGAACUGUGACUUUGAGAGGUGCUUUUGUCAAGUUUAUAU